AUGUUGAAAUGGAACUGCACACCCGAUGUUGUGUCAUAUAAUGCCAUUAUAGAUAUUAUUUGUAAAGGAGGUUUACUUGAUCAGGCUUUGUAUCUGUUCUCUGGAAUGCUUCGAGAUUUGAAUGUUGUACCCGAUGUAGUUGCUUACAAUAUUUUGAUUAAGGAGUUUGGAAAUUUAGGACGGAUAAAGGAGGCAAAUAAACUCUUUGAUGAGAUGAAAGACAGUUACCAUCUAACAUAUGGUACCAUAUUUGAUGGCCUCUGCAAGAAUGGAGAAAUUAAGGAAGCUAUUGAAUUGUUUGAAUCCAUGGAGGGUACAAGUAUCUCAGCUAAUAUUGGCAUAUACUCCAUGAAGUACAAUCUUCUUAUUCAGGUUGGCAAGUUGGAAGAUUCCAGAUAA